CAAUUGCCCAGCUCCCUGCAUCGUAUCUACUUUUUCUCCGCAUUUCGUCUCCUGAGUUCUUUUGUCUGCGCUCCUGUUCGUUUAUAUCCUGUUUUCCGUCCAUUCGUCCGCGUGUAAUCGCUUCUUACGCGAUUAUGAAGUGCGACGACGUACUCUCCAUCUAAUCUAAUCACACCAUGAAGAAUCGUGAAAGUCCUCCACCGAGUCAGCGACAUGGUCAUUACGAGCAACAACGCUUUCUGCGACCAGCAUCGCCGUUUGGGGCGCAGACAGCUAGUUCCCAUGCCCUGUCGCCGCAGCCACAGCCACAACGGUCAGAAGCUGAUAGUGAAGAAUAUCAAGGUCUCAAUGAGAUACUUGUGUCAAGCCUCGGUACUCGGUCAGAGAGCUCAUGGUACAAGCAUCAUAGCUUGGAAGAGGAAAGGCCGAGGAGGCAUGCGGAUGGAGGAAUUGGGAGCAAUGGUGGACACGGUUUCACAAAGCGGCAUCGUGUAGACGAACACAACAGUACGGUGGACGAGUACAACGAGCCAAAAGCAUUCGGCAACCUGGACGAAGAGAUCGAUGUCAACGUCGAUGGACAAAUUCGCUCCCACGGUAUACAUGGCGGUACAUACCUUGAAGACGCACGGCGUAAAGAUCUCGGCUCUCAAGGCGGCCAACAAUCCUUCAAAAGCGGCCGCAACACUCGACCUCCGUCACGAAACGAUGAGCAUAACUUGACAGCCCUUCCGCGGCCUCAUACGGGUAGAUCACAAAGCGUUCGAUCGAACUUCGGGCCCACCACAUCUAGCGACUUGAAGCCAAAGGCAGACACGCACUUGAACAAACCACCUUCUCACGGCGUCUCCCGCUUCGCAACUGAGCUCUAUACCGUCUCCUAUCUCAUCUUCUUCUCCAUCCUCGGUACUCUAGCUCGUCUCGGGACUCAAUGGCUUGUCUUCUAUCCCGGCGCUCCCGUUGCAACGAGUGUGCUGUGGGCCAACUUCGGUGGUAGCUUGCUCAUGGGCUUUCUCGCCGAAGAGAGGCAACUGUUCGCGCACGAAUGGGGCUCUCCAGCCCAUGACACGGAUAAGGCUUCGCACCUAAAGACCAAGAAGACUAUACCACUAUAUAUCGGCCUCGCGACUGGCUUUUGCGGCUGUUACACAUCCUUCUCAGCAUUCAUGCGUGACGCCUUUCUCGCUCUAUCUAAUGACCUCCCAACACCUCUCUCGCACCCCUUUUCCGGCCCGGGCAUCCCGUCUUCUACAAACACAACUCCGCGCCACAACGUGAACUCCCUCGCCGCCGUUCUCGCUGUGCUCAUCCUCACCAUCUCCCUCUGUCUAUCUGCUCUAUCUCUUGGCGCUCAUAUUGCCAGUCUAACUGCCCGCUUCACGCCUACCGUCCCCCACGUCGUCCUUCGCCGCAUCCUCGACCCUCUCGCUGUCAUUCUUGGCUGGGGCUCCUGGAUCGGCGCAAUAAUCCUCUGCGCAUACCCACCCGCCGACCACUGGCGCGGCGAGGCACUCUUCGCGUGUGUCUUUGCACCCCUCGGCUGUCUCCUUCGGUUCGGCCUGUCGCUCUGGCUCAAUCCCAUCUCACCCUCGUUCCCCCUCGGCACGUUCGCGUCCAACAUACUGGGCACGGCUGUUCUAGGCAUGGCGUGGGAUCUGCAGCAUCUAACCAGCCUGGUCGGCGGUGGUGUCGUCGGGUGCCAGGUCUUGCAGGGCGUCAUGGACGGGUUCGAUGGGAGCUUGACGACUGUCAGUACGUGGGUGGUGGAGUUGAAGGCGUUGAGGAAGAGACAUGCGUAUGUGUACGGGGCUGUGAGUGUGGGGCUGGGCUUGGGCGUGCUUGUGGGUGUUAUGGGGGGUGUGAGGUGGGGUGUUGGGUGGGAGGGUGUGGUGUGUGUCACUGGGAGGAAUUUCUGA